AUGAAGCUGACUCCCGUGGCCCUGGCAUGCCUGCUGCUGGCCGCAGUAUGGCUCCAAGAAGUGGACGGCAGGAGCAUGCAUGUGUCCUCCUCCAACUGCUGCUUUUCCUUCGUGGAGAGAAAGAUUCCCCUGAAGAUGAUUCACUGCUACAGAAAAACCAGCUCCACCUGCCCCUAUGACGCCUUCAUAUUCAAGAUGAAAGGAGGCAGAGAAAGCUGUGCCUUGAACACGGAGGGUUGGGUCCAGGGUUACCUCAAAAAGAUUAAGCCCUGCCUGCCCAAGGGGAAAUGAGCCAAUUGCUUUCCUAACUGGCUGUGGGCACCGUGUGCUCUCCCCCUACCCCACCCCAAUCCUGUUCCCUUCCUUCUGCACACCUUC